AUGUCAAAAUCCGGAGCUGCGUUCAAAGAUGUCUCUUCGGCAGUUGCCACUAGUCGGAGCAGCUCUCUUCCUGUUCUGGAAAAGUUGAAAGCAGGCUCACGGGUGACAGUCGGGAACCAUAAAGUUGAAAUUGUAAAAUAUUUGGCAGAAGGUGGAUUCGCGCACAUUUAUGUUGUAAAGUUCGUGGAAUUUGUCAAUGAACUUGAGCAGAUCCCUUUGAAUUCUCUAAAGGUGGGCGAAAUUGCUUGUUUAAAAAGAGUUUUAGUUACAGAUGAGAAUGGCUUGAAUGAGAUGAGAAACGAAGUCAACGUUAUGAAACAGUUAGCUAAUGCUCCCAAUAUUGUCAGAUAUUACGACUCUCAUGCAUCCAGAUCUCGAGAUGGCACAACUGGUUUUGAAGUUCUCUUACUGAUGGAACUAUGUCCCAAUAAUUCUUUGCUGGAUUACAUGAAUCAAAGGCUAGCGACGAAGCUAUCUGAGCAAGAAAUCCUUAAAAUCAUGUUUGAUGUGACAAUGGCAAUAUCUCAGAUGCACUAUCUGCCCAUUCCUCUGAUUCAUCGAGAUAUUAAAAUCGAAAAUGUCUUGGUUGAUGCUGACAACAACUUCAAGCUAUGCGACUUUGGAUCUACUUCUGGAUGUCUUUCUAUCGCCACCACACACCAGGAAAUUGCUAUGCUUACCAACAACAUAUAUGUUCACACGACUCCGCAAUAUAGGUCUCCAGAAAUGAUUGAUCUAUACAGAUGUAUACCAAUUGACGAAAAGUCCGAUAUAUGGGCGUUGGGCAUUUUUCUUUAUAAGCUUUUAUUUUACACCACGCCUUUUGAGCUAACAGGACAAUUCGCUAUUUUGCAUUCCAAGUAUGAGUUCCCUGUCAAUAAUUAUUCAUCGAAGAUAAUCAAUCUUAUCAUAAUUAUGCUGGCUGAGAAUCCAAACUUGAGACCGAACAUAUAUCAGGUGAUGCACCAUAUUUGUUCCAUUUUAAAAAUUGAUGUUCCUUUAGAAGAUAAAUAUAACUUUGGGCCCUAUGAUUUCGAAAAAUAUUCCAAGUACCAGGAAAAGUUGCAGAAGCUUCAAUAUCAAAUGUAUCUGUCUUAUGAAAGUAAGCAACCUGUUGAUGACCUCAAUGAUUUAUUUAUUGAUUGCUUUGAAAUUGGGCCGAAGCAACCAGUCAACAUGGGUCGUGGUGGGCAAGAGGUGGCCUCUCAACAAGCUAAAUCAGAUACUGCUGAGCUUGUCGAAGAACAGAGAUCUUUGGACUCCGGUGGGGAGGAAGACAUUACCGUUGUGCAGCAGCACUUCCCGUCCGUGGAAGAUUUAGACACAUAUCUCAAUAAUAGUGAUACUAAGAAGGAGUCGGUGCAAGAUUCAUCAACGAAAAGUAAAAGUAUCGCCAGCUCAAGGUCCUCCAGUAGAACUGAUCUUUUACUGCAUCAUGCUGCAAUUUCUAGCUCUCCAGAUGAAACACCCAAUCCUGUUUCGACAGUCAAAACCGGACCAACAGUUAGUGCAACUUCUAUGGCACGAGACGCUACAUCUAAAUCCACAAACUCUAUGAAGCAACACAAACCAACCAACCCAUUUCCUUAUAUCCAGCAGGAAGCUGCAUUUUAUGGGAGAGAUUCGCAGCAACAGCAACAACAACAGUUUUUCCACGGUGAUAUCUCGAAUCUUGGAAAUGAUGCGGCUUACUUUCAGCAGGCAGCAUCUAUUCCUUCAUUGCAGCAAAGCUCUCUAAUCCCUCCAAAGCCGCAACCACAAUCACAGCUGCAGCUACAGCAACCUCAGACUGUUCCGGCGGUCCAAAAUGUUUCAUCUGUCAAAGAAAAUUCAAAGGCGACAAAUAAGGAAAAUGCCGCCGCUUACGCAAAUUAUUACCAAACAACGCCACCUCCUGUGAGGCAAGGAAUUCCGAACCACGAUGGGUAUUCCGUUCAGCAGUUUUAUGCCAAUAGCGCCCCUCAUAUGUAUGGUAAAGGUGAACAGGAAAUCGGUCGGGAACAGCAGCAGCAGCAGCAGCAACAGCAACAGCAACAGCAACAGCAGCAACAGCAGACGCAACAGCAGAAGCAACAAUUGCAGUUGAAACUCCAGCAAACCCAAAAACAGCAGCAAUUGGAACAACAAAAGCAGCAGGUGCGUGAACAGGAGCCUAAAGCUAAUCCAGAGGAAGCUUUACUGAUAGACUUUUCACCUGUUAAGAGAAGGGAAGCACAGAAGUUGGAUCUUACAUAUGAUAGUGUCGACCUGUCUCCAACACCCAAAGGGGAAAAACAGGAUGAAGCAAGUAUUUCUCAACAAAGCGUUGCAUCAAGCGAUAGUAUAUCCAUUGAUCUUCAAAGUAAGAAGAAAAAGAGCUCCAAAGAAACUUCUCAGUCUCAGAGCGUGGUGAAUAAUCCGAAAAUGAGUGCUCCGCAGGGCAGGAGAUCGCUGGAUCUGAAAUUUCAGGAAGUAGAUUUUUCCUCAUCUCCUUCCCCAGAUUUAAACCUUCAGAAAUAUAAGACAGUCCAUCACCACCAUUCUCAGAGAAAAUCUCCUAGUAGCACGGAAUCUUCUUCUAAAAAGUCCUUUUCGCGUGCGCGGAAGUCGCUUGACUUGGAAACUUUGAGACGGGAAACUGCUAAUAAUAGUGAGACAACAAGCAAGAGAAGAUCCUUCUUCGGAAAGUUUAAAGGCUGA